AUGAAGCUCACGAAGGACUCUGAGAGCGGCGUUGCGCCUCAGAAGAAGAUGACUACCAUCCAAAAGUUCAAGGAGUAUUUCCUCGACUUCAAGAUUGUCACGGGUGCUGCUAUGGCCAUUUGCAUGCUGUCUGCAGUUUUUGCGGUUACCAUCCUCGCGGCUCACUGUGAGAAAUUGUACCAGGGAGGUCUUGCUGUUGUGGCUGGAGAGGUUCUUCCCAAUGUCAACCAGAAGCUCGACCGUCGUGGUGUGGAUUGCAACGAAACCGAGCUGGCCAUGUCUGUUGCCUCUGCUCAGGUUGUCACCUACGUUCUUGACGAUGGCUCACUCGCUGUUGUGACUCAGGAACCUCGAUCCAACCCAACGAUUUCUGUCACUAGCAUUCCCAUCUCCACUCAAACGGCGACCUCAACCAUCUACACUGUCAUCACUCCGUCUCAGCCGGCUGUUGUCACCGAAACCAAAACCAUGACCACGUCCAUCCUCACUUCAGAGGCUCCCGUGUGCUCGGCCAACACCACAGUCACCGUGACCAUCACCGUUGUGCCCACUCCCAACAACGCCUGGGCUUCCAGCUCCGUCCUCGGCGAUGUUACUGUGACGGCUGGUGCGUCGACAGUCACCAACGUCAACACUGAUGUCUCCUAUACCAGUGGACUUCCAGAUGCCACCAUCUCUGGAAACCCGUCGACUGUCACUGACGUUGAUGUUUCUGUUACUGGCCUCCCUGAUGUGACUAUCUCUGGAAACCCAGCCACCGUAACUAAUGUCCUUACCGACGUAUCUCUCACCAGCGGUCUCCCGGAUGCGACUGUCUCUGGCAAUCCGUCGACCAUUACGGCGUUUCAGACUAGUUACUCGCAGCCUGCAGAACCCGUCACCUCGUUCGUCACAGUCGUCAUCUCUGAUCUCUGGAGUUCUUCGGUAACCAGCUCAACCCCCACGGAUCUGGUGACUGUCACUGCCAUCUCCACCAUCAAGACAACUGUCACCACCAUCGAUGUUGCCCCGUCUCCCAUCAUUGUCACUGUCACAAACGCUUACUCGGAGCCCGCGAAGAGCACCUCAACCGACUUCGCAGACAGCUCCAAAGAUGGCUUUCAGACAUCCCGUCAGAGCACCCUGACGAAGACUGUCACGGCGACAAAUGGCCAGCUGGAGACCACCACUACGACCGUCUUCAUACCGCCUGUCUUCACCAGCUACAAUGGCACUGCGAGCAGCAUGCCCAGUGGCACCGCAACGAGUGUCAUUAUGCCUACCAUCCCCGUUGUUGUCUCCAGCAGCAACAAGGGUAUGGAGCCACGCAGUCACUCUGUUUGUUUCCUCAUCGUGGUGAUUGUAGCCGGCAUGUCUAUGCUGUAA